AUGUUUGCUUUCAGAGGCUCCAAGAACUUAGUUCACAACAGAUUUACCGAGGAAGAUGAUCAAAAGCUCAAACAGCUCGUUAACGAGUACGGCGAAAACAAUUGGGAUAUUAUUGCCAAAAAGAUGAAGGGAAGGAACAAAAGGCAAUGUCGCGAUAGAUGGAACAGAUACUUAGCACCAAAUGUGAACCAUAGUGAAUGGACAGUUGAAGAAGAAAAGCUUCUUAUGAGUUUAGUACCAAUAUUAUCCCCGAGAUGGCGUGAGAUUGCAAAGCAUUUUAGCGGUAGAAACGAUAUACAGAUUAAGAAUAGAUAUAAAAUGAUUCAAAACAGAUUAUUGCAUGAAAAUCAAAAAGAGAAUGUUAAACAGCAAAUUAAAACACCAGUAACACAGCCGAAUACACUUGUCUAUGGACAGCCAAUCCAAUUACAAGAAGCUCAUAUAAGCUUAGAUGAUGAAUUUAAUUCUGAUUUUGCAUUCAACGAAGAAGCAGAUGAUUUUAGUAUAUUUUGCUCUUUUGAGUGA